CAGCAGGCACAAAGAGCAGUAGUGUAUCAGAAGGCAUCAGGCUCAGGCACUAUGACUGAAAAGUGGGUGUCUAUUCUGCUGCUGCUGCAGCUCUACUGCUUUGGAUGUGGGUCCUGUGGGAAGGUCCUGGUGUGGCCACUGGAACAUAGCCACUGGCUUAAUAUGAUGGCAAUUCUUGAAGAGCUGGCACAAAGGGGUCACUUGGUGACUGUGUUAGUGUCUUCUGAUAUGUUUCUCACUGGUUCCACUGACUCUUCAGGGCUGAACUAUGACGUUUUUCCUGUACCACAAAUAAAAGAAGACUUGGAGGAACAAUUCGAAAUUUAUUUGAGCAUGAUGAUUAACAAAAAACCCACAUUUUCAGACUGGGAAAAACUGUGGGAAUUUCAGGAAUUUUUCAGCUCUGCUUUUCCUAUUGUAAAAUCAAGGUGUGAAAAUGUAAUCUUCAACCAGAUGCUCAUGGAGAAGCUGCAACAAACUGGCUAUGAUGUGCUGUUAGCAGAUGCUGCAUUUCCAUGUGGAGAUCUGAUAGCGGAGGUGCUUGAAAUCCCUUUCAUAAAUAGUCUCCGGUGGAGCAUGGGGAAUGCCUAUGAGAAAUACUGUGGGGGACUUCCUUCUCCUCUUUCUAUGUGCCCAUGCCCAUGGGCAGACUGA